CUCUCUCUCUCUCUCUCCCUCUCUAUCUCUCUCUCGCUCAUAAUAGCCGUGCACAGUUCCCGGGCACUCAGAGAGGUCGGACAGCUGUCGAGCACACACACACACACACACACACACACCCGUGUCCUCUCUUCGGAUCAUCUGGACCCGCUCGGUGUCGGAGUCCCUCCUCGGUCAUGCGGGACGCAUCGGCACCGCAGCCGGCGCUCGCGCGCACACCCGAUGGCGACCCGUGAGCGCGCCGGGACUCAGCAUGCCCAACCGAACCGUGUCCGAGCCGCGGGAGACGCUGGCGCGUGCGAUCACCGGCUGCCUGCUGUGCGCCUUGAUCCUCUGGACUCUGUUCGGGAACAUCCUGGUGUGCGCCACCGUACUGCGCUUCCGCCACCUGCGCACCAAAGUCACGAACAUCUUCAUCGUGUCACUGGCCGUGUCGGACCUGCUGGUGGCCGUUCUCGUGAUGCCGUGGAAGGCGGUGGCGGAGGUGGCCGGCUUCUGGCCGUUCGGCGCGUUCUGUGACAUCUGGGUGGCGUUUGACAUCAUGUGCUCCACCGCGUCCAUCCUGAACCUGUGCGUGAUCAGCGUGGACCGCUACUGGGCCAUCAGCAGCCCGUUCCGCUACGAGCGCAAGAUGACCCCGCGCGUGGCCUUCGUGAUGAUCGGCGCGGCGUGGACUCUAUCGGUGCUCAUCUCGUUCAUCCCGGUGCAGCUGGACUGGCACAAAGCUGCCGCGGAGCCCAACGCGUCCGACGCGGACAGCUGCGACUCGAGCCUGAGCCGGGAGUACGCCAUCUCCUCGUCCCUCAUCAGCUUCUACAUUCCCGUGGCGAUCAUGAUUGUCACCUACACGCGCAUCUACCGGAUCGCGCAGAUCCAGAUCCGGAGGAUCGCCUCUCUGGAGCGCGCCGCCGAGCACGCGCAGAGCUGCCGGACGAACCGGCUCGCGUGCCAACACCACAGCAGCCUGAAGACGUCCAUCAACCGCGAGACCAAAGUCCUGAAGACGCUGUCCAUCAUCAUGGGCGUGUUCGUGUGCUGCUGGCUGCCGUUCUUCGUGCUCAACUGCGUGGUUCCGUUCUGCCACCGCGAGCCGUCCGCGGGCCCGCCGUGCGUCAGCGACACCACGUUCGACGUGUUCGUGUGGUUCGGCUGGACCAACUCGUCCCUGAACCCCGUCAUCUACGCCUUCAACGCGGAGUUCCGCAAGGGCUUCUCCAGCCUGCUGGGCUGCCGGAACCGGUGCCGGACCCCGGUGGAGACGGUGAACAUCAGCAACGAGCUCGUGUCCUACAACCAGGACACGCUCUUUCACAGAGAGGUGGCGAGCGCCUACGUCAACAUCAUCCCGAACGAGGUGGACGACGUGUUCGACCGGAUCUCGCAGCUCUCGCGGGAUAACGAGGACUCUGUGUGCGAGCUGGAGUGCGAGGCGGACGGCGCGUUCACGCCGAACGGCGUCCACUGACCGCGAGCACCGGACUGGAGGUGUUUCCGAAAGUUGCCCGUAUGUCCCGCGUGCAGAUGCUGUCACAUGACCGCGCCGCCGUUUCACCCGCCGCACUCAUGGUUCCUCUGUGGACUGUCAUCAUCCUCAUCAUCUGUGACUCAAACCAGCCGGAGAGAUUCUACAGCCUUAUUCCUUCAGUGAUCCGCCUUACACUGAGCACAGCCUGCGAGCCGGACUCCUCCAGUGUCAUCACAGCUUCACUCUCUUCUCAUGCACUUAUCUGUUGGCUCAUGGAGCUGUAAAGUGUCGUCUGAUGAAUGAACGGGCCGCUGGGGUUCUGGAGGUCCAGUGCUGUUCUUGUGUGCUGUUUGAUGGUGAAUGUCUGAAGAGCACAUUAAUGUUGUGAUGCUUCAUUGUGUUUUAUUAAUGUAAAGUUUAUUGUUUACAAAAGCAAAGCCUGUAGAUUCACUGUAAUGAGCUGUAAACUGUGAACAGUGACUCUGUGUGUGUGUGUGUGUGUGUGUGUGUGUGUGUGUGUGGAUGAUGUUUUUCUCCGUCACAUACACAGACACACACACAUGAAUGUACACUAAAACUCAUGUACACAGAUGUUUUUUUAAUAAAAUGACCAUUAAAUGAACAUAUUUUGUG